AUGCCAUGCACUACCAAAGAAUUAAAAGAAGAAAAUGAAGAGUUACGAAAGAAGUUAGAAGAAGAAAAAGAAAAAGGAAAAGCAAGGAAAAAAUGGUUUAGAGGUGUAUUAGAAAAAGAAGGAAGAAGAUAUGAUAUGUUAGACAUUUCUUCGGCAAAUAAAUUUUGUUCAAGAUCCUUUACUGAUCUUGAACGUAUAUUACGAGGUUUUGGCAUGAGAUUUGUGGGCCUUGUGUUUCUG